AUGGCGACGACACUUCCACGGCCAGCGAGGCCGUCAAACGGUCCGCCUACGAUGGCCUUGCCUGCUCUUCCUGUCCCCAAGACUAGGAAAAGCACCGGAAACUUGCCUACACCGGCCUCCAAAUCGAGCCCGACGACACCCAACCCCAAGAGCGGUCUUCGGGCUCCUUCGUCGUCCUUCCUCCCUCCCACGACCCCCGCCCCAACAUCAGCACUUCCGCAACCGCGUGCGGUCUCUGCCAUGAGCACCUCUUCUGUUAAGACGUUGCGCAAGACAGUGAGCAUUAACUCGUUCCCCCAGCCGCCUCGAGGCGACAAUCGCGUCAAUAGCCUACCCCCGAGUCCACUGGGUGCUGACUCCUCGCGGAAUCCAUCACGCAAGUCAAAGGGCUCCACCACAUCCAGCUAUUCUCAUUUGAGCAACGGGGCUCCGAGUCUUUUGAACAACAAUGCCGAGGGGAAGUCGAUAUCAAGCGCGAGCGUUCGCAUGUCGGACGGGCUUAUCAGCAUAUCAUCGCCACCUCAAAGCAGGAGCUCGUCCGCGCAGGACUCCUAUUCAACUUCGGCGACGACGUAUGAUGACCCCAUUGACGGAGCAGCGGCAAAGUCCUUAUCUGACAACAUCAGUGACAAAAGAGGUUCCAAGCUGGACGGCAAGGGUAAUGUCGUAGUCAGUGUGAGAGUAAGACCGGACGCAGGCGGCAAUGAAAACAACAAAACCGAGGGGGAAUGGAUGGUCGACGGGCGCAAGUCUCUUGUUGCUUACAGGGGAAAGGAAGGCGGUGACUACUUCUAUGAUAACGUUUUCACGACACAUGACGAUAAUAGCCGAGUCUACGACUGCAUAGCAAAACGCUUGGUACGCCGUGUAAUGGAAGGUUACCACGGAACAGUUUUCGCGUACGGUAUGACUGGUACCGGAAAGACGUUCUCGAUGCAAGGAACCGCCUCUUCACCGGGUGUUAUCCCUCUAGCGAUUACCGAUAUUUUCUCCUACAUCAGGGAAACCCCGUCCCGCGAGUUUCUCCUUCGCGUCAGCUACCUUGAAAUCUACAACGAAAAGAUUCACGACUUACUCAGCAUGUCCACUGGGCCCGGCGCUGGGGCCAACGGUGGACAAGAGGAGAUUAAGUUGCGCGAAGACAGCAAACGUGGAGUCUACGCCAGCCCCUUGAAGGAAGAAAUCGUGCAGAGUCCGACACAACUCUUGAGGGUGAUUGCCCGCGGAGACCAAGCGCGCAGGACAGCAAGUACCCAGUUCAAUGCGAGGAGUUCUCGAAGUCAUGCAGUGGUGCAGAUUGUGGUGGAGAGCCGAGAGCGGAUACCAGGGAACCCUGGAGGCGGCGACAGCAAGCGAUCCGGCAUGCUACCCGGCGGUGUGCGCGUGUCAACCUUGAGCUUGAUCGAUCUUGCUGGAUCUGAGAAGGCCGCAGAGUCCAAGGAACGAAGGACAGAAGGUUCACAUAUCAACAAGAGUUUGCUGACUUUGGGCACCGUCAUCUCGAAGCUGUCUGAACACAAGGACAAGGACGGAAAGGCAGCCGACAAGGAUGGAAAGCACUUGCCAUACCGAGACAGCAAGCUGACCAGAUUGUUGCAAGGGGCUCUGUCAGGCGGCUCUCUCGUGAGCAUUCUAUGCACCAUCCAGAUUGGAGCCGCCGGCAGUGCAGCCUCCUCCAACUCUCACACCUCGGAAACAAUCAACACCCUGAAGUUCGCGUCACGAGCCAAGAACAACAUCGUCAGUCAUGCCAAGAAGGCCGAAGAAGCUCUUGGCGCGGGUGGCGACGGCGGCGCAAGAGUCCUUCUGGAACGAUACCGCAUGGAAAUUCAGGAACUGCGGCAGCAGCUGGACACGCAGGCCAAGGAGAAGAACUCAAAGAAUGCCGAAGCAGAGAAAGAAAGAGACGCCGAGGAGGAGAAGGCCCGGGAACUCGAGGCUGAACAUCGGCAUGAAGAGCAAAUGCUCGAAAUGCAACUCGCCCGCACAGCCCUCAAGGAACGGAUCGAUCAUCUUAAUCGUCUGAUCUUGAGUUCCAAAUCAAUUGGCGUCAACGCGAGCGGCUCCUACAGCGCCUUGGGCAUUCACACAAGGACUUCCAUGGCGUCUGUUCGAUCCUCAUUGGCUACAUCAAAUGGCGGCAGACCCAUACUCGAAAGAACGGCGUCCAUGACGUCGGCAUCAUCGACGAUCGGUCGUCGAUCUAGUGGCCGAUCAAGUGGAGGGCAGCGAGUGUCCAGCGGCGAGGGCGGAGGCAUCACGGAUGACGACAGCGUCGGCGAGUUCGGAGACGGUAGCGCUUCGUUGACGGCACAGAACCGCGCUUUGCAGGCCGAUCUUGCGGACAAGACGAGGUACAUCCAGACGCUUGAGAAGAGGCUCAUGCAGGCACGAAGAGCCAGUUCCUCCCGGACUUCGGUCGGCUUCUCUGCCCCUAACAAGGGUAUCAUGGUGGGGGAGGACCAUAGUGUGUCGACCGUACUGAGGGAGAAAGACGCCGAAAUCGCCGAGCUGAGGGCACGACUGGACGACAAGGACCGAAUGUUGGCUGCGCUACGUUCCGCAGCCCGUUCCAGAGAAGUGGCAGAAGGGACGGAAGGCCGGACAUCGGCUCUGUACGAACACAGCCCACCACCAACCAUCAACCCGCCUCCGGCACCGCACAACGCUUUCGCCGGCCGAUCGAACUCGCUGACGAACCCUCGCAGUCGCACCAAGAGUGUUGACGAGGUGAAUAAGAUUCUCGACGAGAUGAUCCAAGACCGCGUGGAGACCGGCCACCUCGUUAAGGGCGUCAGAGGAAGUAUUCGGGUUGCCAGCGAGCGCAAGCUGGAGCCCCACCCGGAGCACUCACUGCAGAUGGAGCCACUGAGAAGGACGGCAUCGUUUGAUGACGGUACUAGGCCGGCAGCAGUGGAGGCGUGA